AUGGCAUCCUCGAGCCAGCCUCAGACAUCCCGCUGCCUGGGAGAAUCGUGGGCGAGCUGGUCUCUAGAAGACGCAGAUCAGUUAACCUGUAUUGAUUCUGAUGAUGAAAGCUAUCCUGAAUUGGAUUUUCCAUCGUCCAAUCCAUCAACUAGACCAGAUCACGCUGCAUCCGCGCGCAGUAGCCAAAUGCAACCGGCCCAUUUCUCCCAGGAUCUUUCUAUGGUAUCAAUACCAGGCCCAGAGCUCAUUAUGCCCUCUCUACACGAGGGUUUUACUCCAGAUAGCUCGUGGUUCGUCCCCCGUUCAUCCACUGAUGCGUCUAGUCAUCAGCGCCCGCGGGGAACGGUACCGGGGAGCGCACCCAACCAAGUGCCUUCGGAAUCUACUGGCGAUAAUGAAAAGAGAUGUGACGAAAUCCCGGGCAAAAGGCCCCCCUCACACCUCAAAGAGAACCGGAGAUAUUAUAGAAAUCCCUUAUUGGUUGGGGUAUUCCUACUCCUCUCGUUAUACUUGGUGAAGAUAUCAUUUUCCCCCGUUGUGACAGAGAGCACAUUUGCAUUACAAUCAGGACAAUCAGGGUCAGAGGCAUUUAGCCCCUCGAAAUCACCCCGCCGUUAUCAGUUUAUUUUAGACUCUCGUGCCAGACUUGGGCAAGUGCUCAACCCGUCGACCGAAGCUGCUUCGCUGCUUCCCACACUCCUGAAGGACGGCGAAUCGGAAGUCGUUGAACUUUGUGAUUUAUUAACGACAGAAGACCUGGGUUCAAAGCAUGAACUAGAAUUCGAAUGCAACCACACUUUGGUUGUAAUGCGACAGGCCAGAGAAUUGAUCGACUCCCUCUGCAUGGCCCAUGGAUCCGUUGCCUUUGACAAUAUAGACAGGGAACUUGCGCAGAUAAGGAGGAUGUUAGCUCAUUCUGCCAUGAACGAAUUUGAUAGCCUUGGCGGUAGAAUCAAGGCUGCACUAAAUAUACCUUUUCGCCAACGCUCGGCCUCAGAACAGGCCAUCCCGGAGUCCCGGUAUAGGCAGGCCGAAGCCGCGUUUGAACUUGUGGUCAGCAAACAAGUUAAUCAGAUCAGUUACGCACGAGAACUUCUAAAUUCGUUUCGAGCCCGCUUGCAGCCGAUUGAUGAAAUCGUUUCCCGCGCUGUAGAAGAAUCUCCAUUGUGCGGAUCUCACUACUCUCGGGAUGAAGGGGAUCCUUCGAUAGCGCUGUUUUUUGCGAAUAUCAUAUGUACCUUGGAAGUAUCAUUAUCGUUUCCCCCGUUCAGCUUUAAAGGCCGAAGGCCGAAAACUUACAGCAACGAGGCCGUGUCAAAGUUGAGACGGGCCUCAGAGAAGCAGCAAUCUGCCGCUAGCAUUGCGGACAUCUGGGUUGCUCAGCUAGUGGAUCUGAAGAGAGAUUGGGAACGCGACCGAACCGCAGUUGUAACUGGUUAAUUCUAUUUGUUUGUAUGGCUGUGGGAACCCAGGAUCUACUCCGUAUUUCAUUAUGCUCCGGGAAAUUGCGGCUGUAAUCGACAUGAAUAUGCUCAAUGACCCGACUGAUUUCGUUCCAUUUCCUCUCUUAGUACUUUCAGUUUUCGCAUUCAAAUUGGCAACACCCGCAACCCUGAGUUGUACCGAUGACGAUGUUUCUUCGGCAUCAAUCACCACCCCUAGCUUAACUAGCUAUCCCUAGUUAGAGUUUGUCUACCCCGGCAGGACUGAGCGCAACUAAAUCAUACUAAGAAAAGUCCUGCCUCGGCUGAUUCUCACCAAAUGCAUUAAUUUUAGAAACCUUGUAGG